AUGACUAUAUUAAGUGUAACUAAAAAGGAUACUGGGGCUUACGUAUGCUCAGUAAAGAAUCUCCUUGGAGAAGACUCCACCUUGGCCGUGAUAACAGUGAUUGACAGGCUCAAAUUUACCCUGACACCUCCUUUAAAGGUUGGCGCAUCUGUGUUCAACAACCUGAUGCUAAAUUGCAAAGCUCAGGGAGCUCUAGAAAUAACUUGGAAGAGGACCAACAAAUAUCUUCCUCGUACUCACGUUAUUUUCCCAAACGGAACUUUGUUUCUAAAGAAGGUGACCACAAAUGACGCUGGAUCCUACACAUGUGUAGCGAAAAAUUAUCAACGGACAAUAAUGGCAUCGUCUACUGUUGAAGUACUCAAACACGUGUCCUGUAGCAGUAUAAAAUCAGGCUACAGUGGAAGCUCUUCAGGUAAUUAUAUUAUUGACCCUGAUGGUAAAGGAGGCUUGACUCCGUUCAGUGUGUAUUGUGAUAUGAGUGACAAGGGAGGAGUUGGCGUGACAGUCAUAAGUCACAAUACAGAAAGUAGAACCCAUAUUGCUAAUAUUCCUGGAUGUGAUUGGACUCCCGGUUGUUACAGUAAAGAUGUGACUUACACUGGAGUCGACGUCGCUCAGUUGGCAGCACUAACUCGAGUCUCACAGAAGACGAGAAAAAUUGCGAGAGCAAGGAAAGUAAUAUAA